AUGCAUGACAGUGUCAGCCCCAAACCCGAUAAUCCACAGAUCCCGGGUCUCGGGAAAGAGGGGUGCCUGGUGGCCGAGUUGUUGAGAGGAUCCGAGAAAAGAGUGAGGCGAGAGGGAAGAGGGAAUGAGGGAAAAGGGAAAGUGAAGGUGCAGGGAGAGUGGGGCUGCUCCGUGGGGAAGAAGCUGCAAGGAAGAAGAGCAAGGCAGAGGGAGCUAGGGCUGGAAAGUGGAG